CUUUCCCUCAUCUUCUCCCCAACAGCAAAUGUCACUCUGGAUCCUGACACAGCCUAUCUCAGGCUCAUCCUGUCCGAGGAUCGGAAAAGUGUGAGACUGGGAGACAAAAGGCAAUCCCUGCCCGACAAUCCUGAGAGAUUCAACAAUUGUACUUCUGUGUUGGGACUUGAGGGAUUCACAGCAGGCAGACAUUUCUGGGAGGUCACUGUGGGAAGCGAGGGAUGGUGGACUGUGGGGGUUGCCAGGAAGUCUGUGAAGAGAAGGAGCUUUCUUCCCUUCAGUCCUGAUGGAGGAAUCUGGGCUGUGGAGAAGUCUGAAAGCAAGUACUGGGCCUGCACCUCCCCUGAUGAUCCUCCUCUGUCCCUGAGUGGGGACCUCAAGAGGAUCCGAGUGACUCUGGACUAUGAAGGGGGACGUGUGUCAUUUUUUGACGCUGACUCAGGAGCCGAACUCUACACAUUCUCAGGAGCCUCGUUCUCUGGAGAGACCCUCCUCCCAUUCUUUUGUCUGGGUGGAGGUAAAACACAGCUCAGGAUCUCCUGAAGACACUAUAUUUGCCUCACAGGCCCAGCAGAAGUUUCUCUCCUGACCAGAAUGACUGAUAUAAAACCAGCAUUUCCCUCUCAAGAGCAUUUUUUUGUUUUGUUUUUUGUUUUUUAUUUAUUGGUUUUAAUUCAUUUUACAACAUCAUACGCUAAAACAGACAAAGAAAACAAACAUAUAUAUCACAUAACACACAACACUAACAACACAAACUGACUUCCCUUCAUCUCGGUUUUGGAUUAUAUUAUAAAAUUUCCUAUCUGCAGUUUCUUUUCCUCAGAAAAUUCUUAACAUCACAAGUGUUAUAUCGCACCUACUGUAAUUUUUAGGUUUUUUACCUCUGUUUCCAUGUAUGCCAAAAAUUUAUUCCAUUCUUUAUUAAACUUUAUGUCUUUUU